AUGGAUGAUCGUCCUGGUUACUCAAAUGACACUUUUUUUGAUACUUUAAUGGCAACAACGGCUGCGCCCACUUUUUUUCCGCCUUAUGAGAUAAAGGGCAGGGGCUUUUUCAUAGACGGAGCCUUACAUCUUAAUAAUCCAGCAAUGGCGGCAUAUGAAAAAGCUAUUCAGUAUAAUGUAGCAAAAGAAAAGAUUUCCGUGCUUUCUUUAGGUACAGGGGGCUAUAUGCCUAACCCUUUAAAUCCUGAUCUAUAUCGUGGUAAUCUUUUUUGGGCACAAAAUCUUCACAAAGUAGUGCUACCACAACAGAAAGGCAAUACUGAUCGUUCAAUGUAUAGUUUAUUGGGAAAUCAUUAUCAACGAUGGCAGGUUUGGUUUGAAGAAAAAAUAAGUUUGGAUGAUUACAAAAGUGUUCCUUAUCUCUUAGAAUUAGGUCAUCAGUAUAUAGAAGAACUUGAUGCUUCAGAUGAGAAUCCUAUAAAUAAGUUGAUAGAGUCUUUUGAGUAA